AUGGCUGCCAAGGACCAAACGAUGGAGCCAUUCAACGAUCAAGAGAAGCGGCAUCUCCUAGCCGAGAUAAUCAAACACAGCCAGAUCAGCGUCCAAGUCCUGGAGAGUCUUGUUAAGUCUCGUGGUGUUGAGCCCAACUGGAUGCAAGUCCAACUGCCCAACGGGCGCAACAUGGCUCAGUGUCUCCAGACUGCUCAUGAUAUGGAUAUCUUGCAGCGGGGGACGAAGCGUAAAGCUCCUGGCGAUUCGCCAGAGGCCCAAGGCAGUGAUGACAUCCAUGCACCCAACUCUCGAGAGCUUCGCCCAGACCUUCAACUACCUACUACACCAGGAUCCCACGCAAAUAUGCAACGCCUAUCCCACCUGCAGCAGUCUCUGUCGUCGGGAUUAUCGCCGCCGCCUAAAAAGAAGAAGGGUCGUCCGGCAUAUGCAGGUAGAGAGGUAUCAAAUCAACAACCCUUCAGCCCACGACCUAUCGCUCCUAAACCGCCCGCACAUACUCUCCCAAAUAUACCGUCUUCGUUCCGGCCCAUUGCUCCCUCCCCUCAUACCAUCUUACCGCCGCUGCCUCCAGACCCAUUGCAAACCACCUACGGAGGCCUGAAAAAUACAUUGCCCAUGGAAAACCACCGCGCCACAGGAAUUUACAAAACUCAAAAGCCAAUUACAACAUCAUGGACAGCUUUCCAGAGAAAGAAUCCUUCUGGAACCCCACAAAGCCUAUCGAAACCUGGAGAGGAAGUACACAGUCAUCUCAGAUCACAAAGCGAAGUGGUUCCUAGAGUGAUUAAACAAGAAUACACCGAGAGUGAUCGAUCAAGUUCUAUGCAACCGCUAAAAGCAAAAGACCACACCCAAGUAAAGGAGCAAGCCGCAUCAGGUCAGACACAAGAAGGAAUACUAGAUUCAGGCAAGGAAAACAACGAAUGA